UUAUUAUCGUAUUAUGUCCAUGUGACAGAAUUUUUUACAUUAUUUUACUUGAAGAAGAAACAAUUCAUAAUAUUAGUAAGUAUACGCUAUCAAAGCAAAGUAUAUCCUAAUUUCAUUUUACAUAUAUAAGAGGUAUUAAAGGUUUUUUAAAUGAGACAAAUCAAUAAGUAUAGACAAAAGAAAUAUAAAUGCAUAUAUACAUAUUAAAGAAUAAAAUUACAAAUUCUUUUUUAUCGACUGUGCAUGGUUUUGGUAAGAAUCACGAGUAGAGGGUACUGGAUCGCCUUGAAUAGAGCGCAGCGGUGAUUUCCAGAGACCGCCAGAGAUCAGUGCGUCGUCGCAGUCGAGGGGUGAAAAAGGGAUUAUGUAUCGUUGGGUUAGUUUGUUCUUCGAACCUGCCAAUUCGUAUUUCGUGUUUCGUUGCGCGUGAGACUUGUGCGAUCCUCGAGCGAGGCUCAUCGUAAUGGCCGCGACCUGACUCGGGUGGUGUGCAUGCGAGCUACCGUGUUCGCGUUACGUGAAGUAAACGAGCAGAAGAGGAGAUAGAGUAAAAAAAAUACAAGGAACGAGAAAAUACGACGGAGUUUAGGGUUACGCGAUUUCUGUGUAUAUCGUGAGUGCAUGUGGGUGGGCGAGGUGGGUUGAGGUCGCAAAAAGUCUGGAGGACGGCAAAUCAUGAGCGAGGAUAGGAACGAAGAGGAUCCCCUAAUGGAUCUCUGGUACAGCAAUUGGGAACAACAGUGCGUUGAGGCGCUGGAAACAGAACCGGAUUACGAAACGCAACUGCAUAACGAAAAGGAACUCUAUUCCCAGCAGAUGUGGACGAGUUUUCAGACGACAGCGUCGGCCAUCGCCCAGCUGUACAAAGAUCGUACGCAGGGUGUCUCUCUAUGGCUACCCUUUCAGACUGCCGCAGGCACCGUCACGUCGUUGUACAAAGAUUCAAUGGAUAGCAUACGUCGCUGCAGUGAAUUAGGUGUAGAAAUGGGACGACAAAAACGUUGUAAAGAAAUAAUGAAUUGGGCUAGGAAAAAGAGACGUAUGAUUCGUAGAGAAGACCUGUUAGCAUAUCUUGCUGGAAAACCACCUCCACCUCGAUCACAUUCGCACAGAAGUUCACCUAAGCCAAGAAUGAUGGUAUGUAGUUCGCCUUCAUCAGGAAGUUCAGCACCAAAUAUGGUCGUUGCACCAACACCGCUACCUGGUAAUGAUCCUGAUCCUGAAUUACAUACAUUUAGAGAAGCAAUUGCAUUAUCUGGUUCACCAAUAUCUCGGCGCACUGGGAGACAAACCGAAUUGUCAGCCUUUAUUAGUAGCGAAUUCGCUCGACAUCAUAAACGGCCUGCUUCGCACGAUGUGGAUAUGGGAUCUCCCACGCACAAACGCUCGCGUUUCAUGUAACGGCGCGCGAUGUAUAAAGUAGCCUCGCUCCCUUGUUCCCCAUUAAUUAAUCAAUUGAUAAAUUAAUUAUUAACGGUUCAACUCCCCUACAUAGUUCUCGGUUAAACAUAAUCACUUCAAGAAGAUGGCAGUGACUUGCAUUGCCAUAUGAAACACGUUCGUAUAUCUCGACUGUUAUAAUAUUUGUCAAGUUACAUUAUUAUUUUUUAUUAAUAUCAACUUUAAAGUUUUGGUCCUAUUAUUAAUGAUUGGAGCAGUUAAUUUAGCUUUAAAUAAUUAAUUUAAUUGUGAGGAGCAAUUAAGGUAUCGAAAUUACUGUGUCAUUGUUUGAAGAAAUAUUAAUUUGUUAACUUAAGUUUUUAAAAUUACUACAAAAAAAAUGGUUAGAAUUUAUUUGAAAAUUAUUUAUUUAUUUAUUUAUAUACAUAUAUAUAUAUAUAAUAUAUAUAUAUAAGUUGUGAAGUAAUGAAAACGUGUUACAAAAUACCAUUCAAAGUGCCCAUACGGAGUGAAUGUCAUUGUUUCUUGUGCAAAAAUCUGUAUAUGUGAUUAUUAGUUGAUCAAUUUAUAAACCAAGAGUAUAUACCUUGCCAAACAUACUAUGAGAUAUUAAAAGCUGCAACUAACAUGCUUUACACAUAAUUAAUGUGUAUCUUGAAAUUAGCAGCUAAUAUUUCGUGAUAUUUUUUAGUCACUUCAUAAUAUACUGUAAUUUGUUCGAGUGCGAUGUUUGACAAGUGAUGAAUUGGUGAUCUAGUAUUUUGUAAUUAUAUUACUGUCCAUGAUUGUAAUUUUAUAGGAAAAAAAGGGAACGGGGAGAAAAUGACUGUAGAUUGUUCUUUCACAAUCCAAAGGAUCGCUUUUCUGAUUAUAAUAUUGUUAUGAUUAUUAAAUGAUCAUAGGUAAUUCGUACUUGGAUGCUUUUGUGAAUAAAAUGAUCACGUUUUAUACGACUUUUGUUGGUGAUAUAAGGGAAAUAUGUGAUGGGAGAAAGAAUAAGAACAUAAGUGAAAGCAAUGAAAAACAAUGUGUUCAUGAAUUGGUUUCUGUAAUUCUGUAAUUUUUAUUUAUCAUGUAAAAACAAGGGAUCUACAUUUUCUGUUGUAUGACCUCUAUAUGAUGUAGAGGAAUCAUAAAAAUGUCUUUUGGAUAAUAUAUUUAAUUGUUUCUGCAA